AUGAACUUACCAGACGACAUCCUUGACACCGUUGUCUCCGACCUUGACACCAAAAGCCUCCUCAGCUUGUCGUUGUCGUGCAAAAAAUUGCGAGCACAUGCUCUCCCAAAAUUGUAUCGGAGCUUGCUUCUGGUAGACACCAGGUAUAACAUAGUGGGCGAAUCUGAAUUCACGAUUCUAGCCACCUCGAAAUUCAAGCAGUUCCUUGAGGCAUUGAAUAACAACAGGUCACUAGUUAGUUUGGUGCAACGCUUUCUUAUUGCUUCCCACAGCAACAAUGUGGAAGGGCUCGAAAUUUUGGUGGGAAUGUUCAUUGCUUUCAAGUUGAAAAAUGCCAAUGUUCCCCUUUUGGGGCUAAAGGAAUUUAAGAUUUUGAACGAAACAACCCCAUAUAAAUUCCUUUUCAUGAACAAGGAAUAUGCCGCUUCCGAAAACCUGAAGAAAUCAUCUACUUUGUUGUACGAGAACGACGAAGACGAGUUCAACAAGUACUCGAACUUCAGCCAGGAAAGUUCAGUUGUCUCUUUGCAGAGUUAUCAACUUGUCAACAUUACAGAUCUCAAUGAUGUGUCGGAGGAAGCGCGCGAAAUCUGCAUCAACACAUCCAAUCGGUACCAAAAUGCUGGUUUCAUUAUGACAAAAAAGCUGAUGCAAACUUUCAACUCUCUAGAAUCUUUGGAGAUUCUUAAUUCAGAAGCCGUUGAUGCUUUCUUUUCUCAGUUGGAUGAAGAAUAUGUGAGACUCGAGUCGUUGAGCAGACUUUCGUUGAAUAUCAAGGAUUUGCAUGCUGUGCCAGCUGUGGAAAGAUGCGUGGAUCUGACCAAAUUAGAACAAUUUGAGCUAAAGUUCAAGCAAACUUCUGUUGGCGAUGAAAACGAGGAUAUAAACCCUAAUCUUGUCAGCAUUUUUCUGAGUCAACUCAAAAACCUCAAGUAUCUCUCUUUGGUGCACCUAAACUCAAAUAACCUGCUGAAAAACCAAUCACAGACAUCGCAAUUAUUUCUCGGCAACUCCAAUCUAUCACAUUGCAUUAUGGAACAUUUGGAUAUUUUUAUUCCUUCCAUCAUUUACCUCAACGUUAGCAUGAACAACUUUGCAUAUCUACCCUCAAUCAGCAUGAGCUAUCAAGAUAGAAUGACCCAUUUCGUUGUUGACGAGAACUUCUUGGAGACAAAGUUUCGUCAUUUUCAUAAGAUACUUGCAUGCAACCGUCUGGAAACUUUGAUAAUUCCAGACUUCUUUUACAACUGGAAACCAUUUAUCACAAUAAAUCGGGAAGUGAAGAAUCGACCACAACUGAAUGCUGUCGAGUACCUCUAUACUGGGUGCCACUGCCAUAGAUGCGUGGAGACGCGACAAUUGUUAUCCCAGUAUUCCGAAAAGCUCAAUUUUGGUAGCAAGGACUUGUCUUCCACUUACAGCUUUCUAAUUGGGCUUCUGCAUACUCGCUUGACCAAAUUUGAAACAAGCUCUGGAUUGGACAUCCUCAAGUAUCCCGCACUGGACCCUAUCGAAGUCUCGCACUAUGGUUACUUGAACAUAGAUAUUUCAAGGGUGGUACAAUUGAUCUUAGAUAAUAUGCUUGAAGAUUUGAACUUCGUCGUUCAAAAGCUCCCUAAGCUAAAAUUGCUCAGUCUUGGUGGUAUUCAGAUAUCGAUUCAGCGCACCAAAACCGAAAUCAAAAUGAGUGCUAUCCAGGAUGAUUGGAGCUCAUUGUUACGUCGAUCGACCUAA